AAACUCAAAUUAAUCAAAACCGAACGGCUACUAGUUAGAAAUUAGGUCAAUGCCGUUGUUUGCGGGUUCAUAAUAUGAAAAACAGAUCGACCUCCGAACCCUAAUUUCCUCAACUUCAAAAUUAAAGCCAUUAAUUGGGAAAAGCAAGUUUUCAGCUUUUUAAUUAGAGUUUCAGGUUGAAGGAUUUGAAGACUUUUUCAAUAUGUUGGCUAGUCAUCCUGAGAAAAGAAUAUCGUUCAAUCGAUCGAUUAGUUAUGGCGAUCUGGUUAUUGUUUACGAGAGGCAUGACAAUAUGAAGGCUGUAACAGUGUCUGAGGGUUCGGUUUUACAGAAUCGUUUUGGUGUUUUUAAACAUUCAGAUUGGAUUGGAAAGCCUUUUGGGGGUAAAGUAUUCAGCAGUAAGGGUGGUUUUGUUUACUUGUUAGCUCCCACACCAGAACUAUGGACUCUGGUGUUAAGUCACAGGACUCAAAUUCUUUAUAUUGCGGAUAUUAGUUUGGUUGUCAUGAACUUGGAGAUUGUUCCUGGUUGUUUGGUUCUUGAAUCGGGAACUGGAAGUGGGUCUUUAACUACUUCACUUGCAAGAGCAGUCGCACCUAAAGGACAUGUCUAUACAUUUGAUUUCCAUGAACAAAGGGCUGCACUGGCUAGGGAUGAUUUUGAGAGAACAGGUUUAAGCAGCUUAAUCAGUGUGGGAGUUAGGGACAUUCAGGGCAAGGGAUUUCCUGAUGAAUUUAUUGGCAAGGCCGACUCUGUAUUUUUGGAUCUACCUCAACCUUGGUUGGCCAUUCCUUCCGCUGCAAAAAUGCUUAAACAAGAUGCCACAUUGUGCUCAUUCUCUCCGUGUGUUGAACAAGUACAACGAUCGUGUGAUGCUCUUCAGUCCUGCUUCACAGAUAUAAGAACAUUUGAGGUACUCUUACGCCAAUAUGAAGUUCGGGAAGAGAAAAUGGAAAGCUUUCAUGGAGAUGACAAUGGUUCUAAUGGUUCUCUUUCUCGCAAGAGGAGACAGUGUUCAGAUGGAAACUAUGUUCUCAGCGAUUCUACUUCUUCUGUCAUGGCUAGACCUUGUGGUGAAGCUCGAGGUCACACAGGCUAUUUGACAUUUGCAAGACUUAAAUGCUUUUUAUGACCAGGUUCUUCAAUCAUGUCCUUCAAUUUUGGUAGCAGAGAAAAACUAUUGUAUUCUUCGUACUUUUCAAUUUGAGCAUGAUGCAAGAAAUUGUUGUUGUUGUUGUUUGUUAUAAACUUAAAAUUAUAGGUUUUGAAAGGGAGUUUUUUGUAUAUCUUAUGUGCAUGGCUACAAACAUGCCCGAGAAAAUACUAAACAGUGCGAAAAUAUGUGAGACAUUCCACAAUUAAUUUUAUUCAUUUUCCAUUUA